AAAUCCCUUUCAUCUCUCUCUCUCUCUCUCUCUCUCUCUCUCUCUCAUGGCGACUGUUACUGCAACUCCCCUUUCCUCCGAGACCGAGAAACUCUCGAAGCUCCGAUCAGCUGUCUCCGGACUCAAUCGGAUCAGCGAAAACGAGAAAUCAGGGUUCAUAAAUCUCGUAUCUCGCUAUCUCAGUGAAGAAGUGCAGCAGAUUGAAUGGUGUAAGAUUAAGACUCCGACUGAUGAAGUUGUUAUUCCUUAUGAGAGCCUGUCGCCACCUCCGAAUGAUCUUUCGGAGACCAAGGAGCUCCUCGACAAGCUUGUUGUGUUAAAGCUCAAUGGAGGUUUGGGGACGACGAUGGGUUGUACUGGUCCUAAGUCUGUCAUUGAAGUUCGUAAUGGAUUAACGUUUCUUGACUUAAUUGUCAUCCAAAUAGAGUCUCUCAAUACCAAGUACGGAUGCAAUGUGCCACUGCUUCUAAUGAACUCAUUCAAUACACAUGAUGAUACAUUGAAGAUAGUGGAGAAGUAUUCCAAUUCCAACAUUGAGAUUCAUACCUUCAAUCAGAGUCAAUAUCCUCGUUUGGUUGUUGAAGAUUUUAUGCCAUUGCCGUGCAAAGGGGAGAUUGGCAAGGAUGGGUGGUAUCCUCCUGGUCACGGUGAUGUGUUCCCAUCUUUGUUGAACAGUGGCAAGCUUGACACAUUUAUAUCACAGGGCAAGGAAUAUGUUUUUGUUGCCAACUCAGAUAACUUGGGUGCAAUUGUUGACUUAAAAAUCCUAAGUCAUUUGAUCCAACACCAGAAUGAAUACUGUAUGGAGGUGACCCCAAAAACCUUGGCAGAUGUAAAAGGCGGCACCCUUAUUUCUUAUGAAGGAAAAGUUCAGCUUCUGGAAAUCGCACAGGUUCCUGAUGAACAUGUCAAUGAAUUCAAGUCGAUAGAAAAAUUCAAGAUAUUCAAUACCAACAACCUGUGGGUGAAUUUGAAAGCCAUUAAACAGCUUGUGGAGGCUGAUGCACUUAGAAUGGAGAUCAUUCCAAACCCUAAGGAAGUGAAUGGUGUGAAAGUUCUUCAGUUGGAAACAGCAGCCGGAGCAGCUAUACGGUUCUUUGAUCAUGCAAUUGGUAUUAAUGUUCCCCGAUCUCGGUUCCUUCCGGUGAAGGCGACAUCUGAUCUGCUCCUUGUCCAGUCGGACCUUUACACCUUGGUUGAUGGCUUUGUUAUCCAAAACAAAGCUAGAACUAAUCUGGAAAAUCCCUCUAUUGAAUUGGGGCCCGAAUUUAAAAAGGUUGGCAACUUCCUUAGUCGCUUCAAGUCCAUCCCUAGCAUUGUUGAGCUUGAUAGCUUGAAGGUGGCUGGUGAUGUAUGGUUUGGUUCUGGCAUAACCCUCAAGGGGAAAGUGAGCAUCAUUGCCAAAGCUGGAGUGAAACUGGAGAUACCUGAUGGAGUUACACUCGAGAACAAGGAGAUCAAGAGCGCUGAGGACAUUUGAGGGAGGCUUCAUGUGUGAUAUUCUUCUGUCCUUGUAUUUUGGGUGUAACCAUCUUAUGCAUGAAUUGCCAGAGAGCUACUUUGAGCUUUAUAAGUGAUUAGUUGUAUGUGGGAACAUGUUCUGUAAGUAUUUAAAGUAAUAUGUUUGAAUCUGUAUACAACCACGUUUGAAUCUGUAUGCUGGUUGCAUUUCUUUUAAGAUGAUCCAAUUGCUGCCA